AUGCUGGCGAAACCAACGGCCUACAUCGGCAAAUCGUUCAAGAUAGACACUUUCGAAGGCGAGCUCGAUGGCUGCAACAUCAGGGAAGCGCUCCUUAGAUCCACUGGACUCUGCAUAUCCAGCAGCAAGUGGACCGGGAUACCGGACUACUGCCGGUUCAGCUUUGCUCCCGAGAGCAGCGAAUUCGACCAGGCGAUGGACUGCAUAACUCGGACUGGGAUACUCAAAAAAGCUUCGCAGCUCAAUGCAGCAAUGGCGACUCUUUCUCUCCCUGUGGUACACCCGCAGGUCUCCCUCCGGCGACAAGGGUGGCGGCGGCUGCAUGGCUUGCCAAGCUGCCAGUUCAGACACGCCGGGAGAGUGCAGUCCAGCUACAGGGGACUCGAAGCGCUGUACGAUGAUGGGUACGGGACGGUCAAGGGCCUGGACUACUACUAUCAGGCACUCGGGCAGCUGGUGGGGUAUGACAGCGGGCCGCCCUGCUGGUUAUGCCCUGUCGAUGCUGGCUCGACGGUCGAGGAUGCUCCACUCAUGCUGUAUUUGCCAGGAGUAGAUGGGAUGGGGAUGGGGCUCUGCAUGCACCACAAGGCUCUUGGAAGGAUAUUUGAACUUAGAUGCUUGCACAUUCCUUUUCACGACCGCACACCAUUCGAAGAACUUGUCACAAUGGUAGAAGAUGUUGUGAGAGCAGAGCAUUCCACUUCUCCUAAUAAGCCCAUCUAUCUAUUGGGGAAUUCCUUUGGAGGAUGCUUAGCUCUUGCAGUUGCUGGUCGCAAUCCCCGCAUUGAUUUGAUAUUGGUACUAGUCAAUCCAGCUACUUCAUUUGAGAGGUCAGACAUAAAAAAGCUUCUGUCAGUUUUCACCUCGAACAACGCCUAUAUUGCAAUUACAGCUCUACUGAACUACAACAUCGACAACGAGGUGAACAUGGCUCUGAGUAGAAUGCAAAGUGGGGAGCAUCCUUUAGAAGCACUCGGCAGAUUGACAAGUAACAUGUCAACUUUUCUGAAGCAAACGAAUAUACUGGACAAAUUACCAGAAGACACACUAAAAUGGAAGAUGAAACUCAUCAAACGGGCUGCGCAAUAUGCUAAUUGCCGUAUACAAUCAGUUACAGCUGAGGUGCUACUGCUAGCCAGCUGCGAUGACAACUUACUUCCGAGCAAAUCUGAAGCCUACAGGCUACAGAACAAAAUACCUAAAUCCAAAAUCUUCUUCUUUGAGAAGCAUGGGCACAGCUUACUGUUGGAGCAUGGUGUCCAUGUCUCAUCCAUCAUCAAAUGUGUUGGUCUCUACCGCCAUUCGAGGUGCCAUCAUCGGGUUUUCGACUACAUCCCACCGUCCGCAACCGAGCUAAAUGAAGUCGACAAAGCUAGCAGCGACCUGACGUUCAGAACGUGCCCGGCGAUGUUCUCGACGUUGGAAGACGGCACGGUGGUACGGGGACUCGCCGGGGUGCCCGAGGACGGGCCAGUGCUGCUGGUAGGCAACCACAUGUUGCUGGGGAUCGAGCUCAUCUCUCUUGCCGCAGAGUUCAUGCGGCAUAAGAAGGCCGUCGUCCGUGGCAUUGCGCACCCGCUGCUGUUCCCGAAGAAGACGAAGACGUGGUCGGAGGGACACGACUUCUUCGACUUCCUCAACCUGUGGGGCGGUGUGCCCAUGACCUACAAGUACAUAUACGAGUUGCUGGCAGCCGGGGAGUUCGUGCUCCUCUACCCAGGUGGUUACAGGGAGGCAAUCCACUGCAAGGGUGAAGAGCACAGGAUUUUCUGGCCAGACCAGACUGAAUUUGUUAGGAUGGCAGCUCAGUUGAACGCCACAAUCGUGCCGUUUGGAGUCGUCGGAGAGGAUGACCUCUUGAACCUGCUUUGUACGUUCGACGAUAUCAGGAGCGUGCCUUUCGGCAGGGAGAUGAUGCGGGCCUACAGUAAGCAUCUGAAGCUAAGGGAUGCCAAGCACGAGGUGAUCUUCCCGGGCGUGUGCCUAAAGAUCCCGGGCCGGUUCUACUACCGGUUCGGGAAGCCGAUCCCGAUGCGGGAGAGGCAGGACAUCCUCACCGACCGGCGCGCUGCGACGGACCUCUACACGCACAUCAAGUCGGAGGUGCAAGGCAUCAUCUCCUACCUGCUGGAUAAGCGGGAGGAGGACGAGUACAGGAAGAUCUCGCGGAGGCUCAUGUUCAUGGCUUCCCAGGGGUUCGACACCCAAGUUCCGUCGUUCGAUCCUUGA